AUGUACGGUUCCUCGCGCCCGAGGGCACGCCGGCCGACUGCCGGCGGCGGCGACGGCCCGCGCUGGCGCCCAGCCGGGGCCCCGGCUGCGGCGGGGCCCGCCAUGGACGCCCCCGCCGGCGGCGACCUGGGCGUGCCCCUGGGCCGGGCGGGCGGGGGCGGCGCCGGGGAGCGGCCAGGGCCGCCCGAGGCGCGGCGCGAGCGGAGCUUCGUGCAGAGCCUCUGGGAGCGCAGGGGCAGCCUCUCGCUGAGCGGCAUCAUGGAGACCUGGGCGCUCGGGCCCCAGACGCACCGGCUCCCGUUCCGCGUGAUGUGGGGCACCAACGUGCUCACCGCCCUCUGCGUGGCCGGGGCCAACUUCGGCAUGGUGCUGCUGGUGGGCGCCCUGGUGGACCUGAAGUUCUCGCUGAUGAGCUCUGGCUUCGGCCACAGCGCUGCCACGGGGGUGCUCGUGCUCACCGUGGUCUCCACCGCCUAUGCCGCGGUCGGCGUGUGCUUGAUCCAGUUCAUCGCGCCGAGCUGCGGCGGCUCCGGCAUCCCGGAGAACAAGACGUACCUGAACGGCGGCGCGAUGCCAGGGUUGUUCACGACCGAGACGCUCUGCGUGCGCAUCGUGACCAACAUACUGGCCAAUGCUGCCGGGUUCCCCGUGGGGCGCGAGGGCCCGCUGGUCACCAUCGGCAGCAACAUUGCGUACAAGAUCAGCCGCAGGCUCGCGAAGCCAUUCGUCCGGGAGACCGUCGAGCUCUGCGAUCAGGAGUGUACUCAGGUCCUCCUCCUUGACGAGCAAAGGAUGGCCCACGCGAAUCGCAUCGCGUGCACGGUUGGUGGUGCCUGUGCGAUGACUGUGAUCUUCAACGCCCCUAUCGGGGGUCUGCUCUACAUGUUCGAGGAGGUGACCUCCGUGGCGUGGCAUCUGGAGCUCACCUUCCGGGUGUUCGCCAGCACCAUGUGCGCUUCGCUCGUCUCAUAUGGGCUGGUGAGCCUGCUGGGGUCGGACAUGGCGGAGUUCGUGAUCUAUGUGCGAGGGCCUACGGUGAAGACUUGGUCUUGGGCCGACGUCCCAGUAUUCAUGCUUGUUGCAGCGCUGAUUGGCGUGGUGACCUCACUGCACACGCGCGGAAUGCUCGCAGUGGCACAGAUUAGGCAGCGGCAGAGGGCCACGCGUCAGAGGUGGCAGCCCUACGCCACCAUCGCUGAGACGUGCGCCUAUGCAGCCCUCUGCGCCUUGCUGUCCACCGCCGUGUCGCUCCUCGGCACCUGCACCGACAAGGGUCAGUCUGGGCUGGAGUACGUGCGGCUGAAUUGCCAUUCUGGCACGUACAAUCCAGUGGCUUCCUUGCUGGUGGCCACCUCGCACAGCUCUGUGAAGCUUCUGUUUUCCGGCAACAACGCAGGAGACAUCAGCGCUUCUGCUAGUUUCCUGGCUUUCGCGACCUACUCCACCCUGAACGUUGGGCUGGCUGGACUGCCAGUGCCUGGCGGAGCUUUCACCGCGACGAUGCUCAUGGGCGCCAUGCUGGGCCGGUCGAUCGGGAGUUGCGUGCACGAGCUGGGCUACCCUGGCGCGGUAUCUGGGGUCUAUGCGGUGGUGGGCAGCGCGGCAAUGCUUUGUGGUUUCAAGCAGAUGACACUGGCGUCGGUUCUGAUCGUCGUCGAGUGCGUCAACGACCUCAGCCUUGCCCCUAUCGUGAUGCUCGGCGUGGCGAUAUCGAUGGCCGUGAACUGGAAGAUGAACAGGCGCGGGCACGACGAGGAGGCGAUCGCCCGCAAGGGCCUCCCCUUCCUGGAGGGCGAGCCCCCGCACGAGCUGGACCGCACCGAGGCGCGGAGCCUCUGCGACCCCACGCCCGCGGGCACCGUGCUGCCGCCGAGGGCGUCCCUGCAGGCAGUGCGGCUCGCGCUGGGAGAGGCCGAGGCCCGCUACUUCCCCAUCCGGGAGCCAAACGAGGGGCCCUGGGUCGGCAUCUCGGGGGCGGCCUCACCGACCCCUGGCGAACCGUCCCCUUCCGUGACGCCGCCCCCCGCCUCACCCAGAGACGUAUGCAUGCGGCCGGAGGGUAGUUUUGAAGGCGAGGGUGAGGCCACGGACGGUGCUGGUCACGGAGGGGGUCCGUUCGGCCGCGCCCGAGCAUCAUCACCCGCGGCAGCCUGGAAAGCGUCCUGCAGGCUGCCGAGGGCGCCGUGCCGGCGGCCGACGCCCCGGAGCCCUCCGGGGACGACAGCAUCGUGUGGACGGGCAGCCCUGGCGAGCUCGGCGGCCCGGGCGGGCUGCCGCUCUGGAAGAUCAUCAUGGACCCCACGCCCUUCACCAUCGUGGAGGACACGCUGGCCCCUCGGCUGUACGCCAUGUUCUCGAAGGCCGGGGAGCGGGCCGCGUUCGUGGCCUCCCGCCAGGGGCAGGUGCUGGGCAUCAUCUCGCGGGAAGGGCUGAUCGCCGCGGCGAGAAGGGCGGGCGCCUGAUCCCGCCGGGAA